ACCGGCCAGCAAGCCAAUGGCGAGAGGUCUUCUUAUCUGGAGUUCUCUGGACCCCCGGCUCCCAAGUGGAUAGAGAGUGAUGCACGACCUUUAUCCUGCCUGAUAGAGAUGGGAGCUGCUGUAUGGUAACCUGGUUUGGGUUAAGUCGUCUCAUUCCAGCUAAGUAGCGUGCCUACAUAACAAAUUCCCAUUCUUAAUGGGUGAUCUUAUGAUAUGGUAUCUUGACGCUCAAUUUCUCGUUUACUUGGUAUGUUUCCAGAUGUGCAGCACCCAGGUGAUACCUACUGUAUACACAAAGUCAGCCUUCUAGUCCCAUGGAAUGACCAAACAGGCAUCAUAGAAGAACUGCUUCGUAUAUAAGUAGGUUAGUGAAUUCUAGAUCCUGUUCGCACAAGGAUACCUACCCUCCAUGUUGUGAGGAUGAUCUCGGAACGGGACGGGAUGGGAGCUGGGAAUAGGUAUGCAGGUACACAAUGCCCGGUUGUUGCUUUCAGCUCGAUAAGCAAAUACCAGUGCUAUUAUGUAACAAUCCAGUAUAUCUGCGGGUAGCAUAGCACGAUCCUUGUUGUCAAUUGGCGCCAAUUAAAUUUUCCGCAUUACCUACUCAACGACAAGAACCCGCGGCAUCUUCGUCGUUCUCGAGUGAUUUCGGAGAAGAUAGCGCUCUCCAGAGACAUGCCGGCAUUCUUCCCGGUCUAAUUGAGCGCAACAACUUCUCAAUUGGCGACAUGCGCCUGCCGUCAUUAUGAGCUUUCGGCCGGCCGGAAAUAUAUUCCGCUCUCAUCAUGCUCUCGAUACCAUCUGCUGGCGAUGCAGCCGGCAACUAAAGCCAUCGUCGUCUGCCACGUCGAUAGUACCCCCGCUGUCGAUAUCCAAGCUUUCGAGCAGGUCCUUCUCUCGUGCCGCUCCCGCCAGCCAGGCUCUCAGAGCUACACCGACCCGUCUGAAAGCGGGCUAUUUCAUCUCCAAUGACCUAUCGAUACGAACCCCGGGUGGUGACGUGAAAUCAGCAGACCCGGAUCAUAUCCCACCACACCGACGACGACAGCAGCUUAAGAAGCAACAGCAAAAAGAUGUAGCCUCUUCGUCGUCACAAAUAGGAGGAGCCGGCGGAGCAACAGCAACCGAAGACAUCCUCCCAGACAACGCAUCCUCAAUUCUCACAACACAGUCCACGAAACAGACUUCUUUCCGCCGCCAGCUAUCCCUCUACCUCUCCCUCUCGAAGCCGCGUCUAACCGUCCUCAUCGUCCUCACAGCCAUGGCGCCAUACGCACUAUACCCCGUGCCCGACUUCAUAUCGCCCUCUCUCGGGCUCGACACACCAUCUCUAUCCCCCCUGACCCUCACCUUCCUCACCGCCGGCACGGCGCUCUGCUCCGCCAGCGCCAACGCGCUAAACAUGCUCUACGAGCUCUCCUGGGACGCAAUGAUGAGCCGGACGCGCAACCGCCCUCUCGUGCGGGGUCUCCUCUCGCAACGCAAAGCCCUCGCCUUCGCCGUGCUCGCGGCACUAGCGGGCGUAAGCAGUCUCUACUUCGGCGUGAAUCCGACCGUGGCGUUCCUCGGCGCGGCCAACAUCGCGCUGUACGCAGGCGUAUACACGCCCCUGAAGCGCGUGUCCUCGCUAAACACGUGGGCCGGCGCCGUGGUAGGCGGGAUCCCGCCGCUGAUGGGCUGGGCCGCCGCCGCGGGCGAGUACGCCACGGGCGAGGGCACCUUCCAGGAGCUCCUCCUCACCCCGCAGGCCGUGGGCGGCUGGCUUUUCGCGGCGCUGCUCUUCGCGUGGCAGUUCCCGCACUUCAUGGCGCUGUCGUGGUCCAUCCGCGACGAGUACCGCGCCGCGGGCCACCAGAUGCUCUGCUGGAUCAACCCCGCGCGCAACGGGCGCGUCGCCCUGCGGUACAGCAUCGCGUUCUUCCCCAUCUGCCUCGCGCUGUGCGCCGCGGGGGUCACGGAGUGGAGCUUCGCCGCCACCAGUCUCCCCGUGAAUCUAUGGCUCGUCCGCGAGGCCGUGCGGUUCCAUCGCCACGAGGGCUUCAAGGGCUCCGCGCGCGGCCUCUUCUGGGCGAGCGUCUGGCAUUUACCUGCGAUAAUGGUCCUCGCGCUGGUGCAGAAGAAGGACAUGUGGAGCCGCGUGUGGAGGAGUGUCGUCGGGGAUCCGGCUUGGGACGAGGACGAGGAAUUCGAUGACGACGAUGAAUGAAUAAAUUAAGUACAUAAAUAAAUGAACAGUGUGAGAGUCAAAAUGACUUACUUACUUGCUCACUCGAUUGGCGUAUCGAAUAAGACAUCGAAAAGGGAAGAUGGAGUAUACCCAGCGUGGAUCGUGAAUUCCAAAACUUGUAACAUAGUACCAUCUGUCUAUGAACUGUACAAAAUAACCCGGUGAUAGAGAAACCGCAAAAACUAGAAAGCAAUUCUGCCUGAUA